AGGAAUCAAUAUUAAAAAAACUUUCAUGUAUGCUUUUAUUUUCAUAUUCAAUUUUUUUUUUGAAUAAUCUCCUCGCAGCUUCCGUUUCAUAACAAAAAAAAAAAAAAAUCAAAAGAAGAAUCCUUUGAAAUUGUGGAAUUAGGGUUUUUGGGGAGAAUCCGUCUCUUCAUCAGCUGAAAAGGUCUCCAACAAGAUAUGUCUGCUGCCUCCGGUGACCCGGAAUGGAUCAAAAGAGUCAAAUCAGAAGGAGCUGUUCCGUGUCUUAGUCCAGACAGCAAGGACUCCAGAAACAGUUGGACAACACCAUCCCCAAACACAUUUAAGGUCAGAGGACCACAUUACUUCUCCGACAAGGUCAAAGUACCCGCUGAUAACUUCCUUCUAAAGCCUCUUGGUUUCGACUGGGUCAAAGGCCCCACCAAGCUCUCUGACAUCCUAACCUAUCCAAACAGCCGAAUCAGGAAAGCCAUAGACGAGCAGUUUCAAACAGAGGAUAGUGCAGCUACCACUAAGCCUUUUGUAUGGGCGUUCAAUCUCCAGCUUCCUCACAAAGACAAUUACAGCGCCGUGGCCUACUUUGUUUCCACAGAGCCUAUCCUCCAAGGCUCCCUCAUGGACCAGUUUCUGAAAGGAGACGACGCGUUUAAAAAAUCGAGGCUGAAACUGAUUGCAAACAUCGUCAAAGGGCCAUGGAUCGUAAGGAAAGCUGUCGGAGAGCAAGCUAUAUGCGUCAUCGGACGUGCGCUCUCUUGCAGAUACGUCUCUGGAGAGAGCUUCGUGGAGGUUGAUGUGGACAUCGGGUCUUCGAUGGUCGCUAGCGCCAUUGUCCACCUCGCGUUUGGUUACAUCACGACGCUGACUGUUGAUCUCGCGUUCCUUAUUGAGAGCCAGACCGAUGCAGAGCUUCCUGAAAAGCUGUUGGGAGCUGUGAGAUUCUCCGAGCUGCAGACUGACUCGGCUAGGUUUAUGGAACUGUCUUCGAGCAGCAGUAAUGAGCGGUCUAGCUGGUGGAAAUCGAUUGGGAAUGGAUUAACUAAUCUGCUUAAUCAAGAUACAUCAUCAUCUCCUGGGAGUAACCAGAAGGAUGAAAAUGUGAUAAAGACGCCAGUAAUUGAUUUGAUUUAAUUCUUUAACUUUCUUUGAUUUCAUUACACAACUAAAACCUUAUCAUUUCUUAUUACAUUGCAAAUGUAUAGAUUAUUUUUUUUACUAAUAUGGAUUUGAUAUCCAACAACCAUGUGAGAACAUAUUAAAAAGAAUAUAUCAUAUACCUUAGCUUAAA